AAACCCAAAAUGGAGGACGGGAAAGGGGAAGUGGGCUUUCAGUCUAAAAGCCAAAGUCUCCGUGAUAAAAUGAAGAGACGACGUGAAGCUAUACAAAACCUUGAAGCCUCCGCUAUCUCCGGAACCCCUUAUGAGCCCCCAGAACCUGCUCUAAAGAAACCUAAGGAAGAAACUAAACCUGUUAUGUCUGAAGGACGUGUGAAACGGGACGGAAAGGAAAGACGGAGUACUGAGAAGAAGGACGUGGACGAGCUCCAGGCCCUGCUCUCCAUGCAGUCCGCUAAGGAGAAGGAAGAGAGAUCCCAGCAGGAGGAGAUUCUAACCCUUCUGAGUAAACCUACAACUAAAGAGCUGAGUCUGAUGGACACCUUCAAGAGUCAGGACGGGGGCGGAGUCAAGGAGUUUUGCUCCUACUCCACCAAGAAGGAGUGUAUCAGGGUGAACAGAACUCGAGAGCCAUGCGCCAAACUUCAUUUUGUAAAAAUCAUCCAAUGUCACACGGACGAAAGUCUGGGAGACUGCUCAUUCCUCAACACCUGCUUUCACAUGGACACAUGUAAAUACAUUCAUUACGAGGUGGACCAGUCCGAUAUAGACAAGAAGGUGAAGAAGGGCGUGGUCGGGUUAAGUGGGCGGAGCGGAGUUCUGGAGAGUACUAAACUCGUCCCGCCUCAAUGGAUUCAGUGUGAUCUUCGUAAUUUCAAGUUUGAGGUUUUGGGGAAGUUUAGUGUUAUCAUGGCUGAUCCCCCCUGGGAUAUUCAUAUGGAACUUCCUUAUGGAACGAUGAGUGAUGAUGAGAUGAGACAACUUCCUGUUCCUGGACUCCAGGAUGAAGGCUUAAUAUUUCUCUGGGUGAGGGCGAGCUAUGGAGUUGGGACGCGAGUGCUUAAAGCUAUGGGGAUAUGAACGUGUGGAUGAAAUUAUCUGGGUUAAAACUAACCAGCUACAGAGGAUAAUUAGAACCGGGAGAACAGGACAUUG